UUUCUGACUUUGUUGAACGAACGUUGUGCGAGCGGAGAACGAAUAAAACGGCGUCAACGCCAAUAAAUGGCGCGCGUUUGUGUAUUUUGCGUAUCAAGUAACAACAAUAAUGCGUAUAAUAAAUAAAUUUUAAUAAUAAUACGAAUAUGCACUUUAACUAUGCAUAUGAAAUAACAACGACAACAACAUAAAAAAACGUGUGUGUGUGUGUUCGUGUGUAAUAAUAAGUGCAAUCAAUAAAAGUGCAUUGUAAACAACAACAAAUAAGAAGUAAAUUUAAAAAAGAAGAAAAGACGUCAAAAUGACGCGUGAAGAAGAGGAAGAAGUGCGCUUGUUGCUGUCGCGUCAUCAGGAGCGUAUUAUGCUCGAUCUUGGCAGUACCGAUCUUCUAGCAGUGCUCGUCAAGAACUCGGUGCUCAGUCAAUCGGAGGAGGAUUUGCUGCUGAAGCCAUACGCCGCAGCAUCUGCUGCCUCAGCACUAGCAACUGUUGCCGAAACGGGCAGCGCGCCCUCUAGCGUGGGUGCAUUGACAAAGCGAAAGCUCAGCGCAGUCGCGAGCAGCAGCAGCGGCAGCGGCAGCGGGGGCAGUGCGAGUGUCAGCGGUGUGGGCGGCGAUUAUAGCUCAAGUUUAGCGGGCUCCUCGCGCAGUGCCAGUGUCAACGGUGAUCAUGCCCAAAGCGACAAUCGCUCACUAACGCCAUCUGUCGGUGGGAGUGGCAGUGGCGGUGGCACUGUUACCGAAACUCUUAACGAUGCCGAAAUUCUGCGAUUACAAUGCGCCAAUCUUAUCGAUAUCAUUGCCAAGAGCGGUUUUGAGAAAUUCAAGCAGUUCUGCUAUGCCAUCGAGUGCGAGUGUCCGCAGCUGAUUGAGGAUUUAAUUAACGAUCGCCUCAAAAGUGAUGCUGCAAACAUGGAACACAGUGCCGGCGAGGAAAAAAUUCAAAAGGAAAUCGAAACGAUCGAUUACAUUGACAAGGAAAAGGAAAACGAUCGCAACCGUCGCGCUGUUAGCUAUGGCGGUGGCGUCUCACCACCGCAUUGCGCCACCAUACCGCGUGCAGCACCGCGUCGUGUGGCGCUCAUGAAAGAGCCACCACCACCGCCGCCACCGAAGCCGCAGCUGACAUCGAAGGCAUCGCUGCAGUCCACAGACUCCUCGCAUGCAUCCAGCAUCAUUGCAAGCAAAUAUCCGCACUCCGAGUACAAUCUCAUACAGAAGAUCGACUCGAAUAGCACGUUGACUGCCCCGGCGCAAUAUCAACCACAGAAUUUCUAUGCCAACACCGGCACCAUCUCCUCCUCAAAUGGUUACUCAUCGCUGCUGUGUCAUGCCAGCUCUACGACCAGUCCGUUGGCGGUGCGCAAGCGCGACAAGCUGUUGCAUCGGUUCAGCGAUGCUGCCACAUUGGGACGCAAGCUCAAGAAAAAGAAGAACACGAAUCGCACCUGCCGCUCCAUGACUGAGGCCAUUGAGAUGCUCGCUGAUCCGGUCAUCGAGGAUGAGUUUUUUGGCGAUCGCACCACAUGGGAGUAUCACACAGUUUCGGUGACUCGAGUGCCCGGCUAUGGGUUUGGCAUUGCCGUUUCCGGUGGACGUGAUAAUCCCCACUUUGCCAACGGGGAUCCCUCGAUUGCAGUGAGCGAUGUGCUCAAAGGUGGACCAGCCGAAGACCGUUUGCAAGUGAACGAUCGAAUCAUUUCAGUGAAUGGCGUCUCGCUGGAGAAUGUGGAAUAUGCGACCGCAGUGCAGGUGUUGCGUGAUAGCGGAAAUACGGUCACACUGGUCGUCAAACGUCGUGUACCCUUGAAUGCGGCUACAGCAAUUCCUGCACAGCAUCAGCACUCGCACAGCAUGAGCUCCGUGGGUCUGGGAUUGACCAAUGGCAAUGGCGUGGUCAGCAACCAGGCGCCCAACGCCGCCAUGUCCAGCAUGAGUCAGCCGAACUCACUGAACUCGUCGCUGGUGCAGAACACGGGAAGUGGUGGUGGUCAGCCCAUUAAGGUGACACUGACCAAGGGCAGCAAGAAGGAUGAUUAUGGCAUUGUGCUGGGCUGUCGCCUGUUUGUCAAGGAGAUCUCGUCGAAGGCGCGAGAACAACUGACAGCCAAUGGUUAUUCAUUGCAGGAGGGUGAUGUGUUGUCACGCAUUCACAACACCAACUGUGGCGACACCAUGAGCUUGAAGGAGGCCAAGAAGAUCAUCGAUGGCUGCAAGGAGCGUUUGGGUCUCGUCGUGCUUCGUGACAUUACGAAUCAAACGUCGGUCAGUCAGUUGAACAACUCGGGACAUCAGCAGACCAAUGCGAAUCUAUAUGCCACACAUCAGGCUCAGGUGUCCAGCUGCAGCAAUAAUCUGGACGACGCCUAUGUGCCCGGUGGUGCAAGCUACUCCUCACAGAAUCUCUACGUGCAACCGCCCACACGCACAUCCAAUGGACCCACUGUCAAUGGCAAUGGCCUCAACGAGGAGAAGAGCAAUCUCACACCCCGCGGACGCUCACGUGGACCCCUCAUGGAUGGCGUAUCGCUGCAGCAGCUGGAUAGGCCGGUAACGCCUACAAAUGGAGGACGUGGACGGGUGGACGAACCACCACGACCACCGCCACCACGUGCCGCACAGGAGGAUUUCUACAGCUCGCGACGACAGCUGUACGAGGAGCGCCAAAGUGCCGAGCCACGUUUCAUCUCAUUCCAAAAGGAGGGCAGUGUGGGCAUCCGUCUGACCGGUGGCAACGAGGCGGGCAUCUUUGUGACCGCUGUGCAGCCAGGUUCGCCGGCAUCUCUGCAAGGUCUCAUGCCCGGCGACAAGAUACUCAAAGUGAAUGACAUGGAUAUGCAUGGCGUGACCAGAGAGGAGGCGGUUCUCUUUCUGCUCAGUCUGCAGGAUCGCAUCGAUCUGAUUGUGCAGUACUGCAAGGAGGAGUAUGACGAGGUGGUGACCAAUCAGCGUGGUGACUCCUUCCACAUCAAGACCCACUUCCAUUGCGACAAUCCUUCCAAGGGCGAGAUGGCCUUCAAGGCGGGCGACGUUUUUCGUGUGAUCGAUACUCUGCACAAUGGCGUCGUUGGCUCCUGGCAGGUGCUCAAGAUCGGCCGAGGUCACCAGGAGAUGCAGCGCGGGGUCAUUCCAAACAAAUCGCGUGCCGAGGAGUUGGCCACAGCUCAGUUUAAUGCCACCAAAAAGGAAAUGAAUGCCAAUGAAUCCCGAGGCAAUUUCUUUAGACGUCGUCGCUCCACGCAUCGUCGCUCCAAGAGCCUCUCGCGUGAGAACUGGGACGAUGUCGUCUUCUCGGACAGCAUUUCCAAGUUUCCCGCCUACGAACGUGUUGUUCUGCGUCAUCCCGGCUUCGUGCGUCCCCUCGUGCUCUUCGGACCUGUCUCCGAUCUGGCUAGGGAGAAACUCGCCAAAGACUAUCCCGACAAGUUCUGCACGCCGCUGCAGGACGACGAUAAGACCAGCAAUGCCAAUGGCACCGCAAGUGGCAGUGGCAGCGGCAGCGGCAAAUGUCGCAUUGUUCGACUGUCCCACAUACGUGACAUCAUGGAUCGGGGCAAACAUGCCCUGCUGGACAUAACACCCAAUGCGGUAGAUCGUCUCAACUAUGCACAAUUCUAUCCCAUUGUCAUAUUCCUGAAGACCGACAGCAAGCACGUGAUCAAACAACUGCGACAUGGACUUCCCAAGUCAGCGCACAAGAGCUCCAAGAAAUUGUUGGAGCAGUGCCAGAAAUUGGAGCGUGUCUGGUCGCACAUCUUCAGCACCCAGAUUGUCCUCAAUGACGAGGAGUCCUGGUAUCGCAAACUGCGCGACUCGAUCGAUCUGCAGCAAAGCGGCGCUGUCUGGAUGUCCGAGUCUAAGCCGGUCGAAUCCCUCUCCGACGAUUUCCUUUUCCCCAUGACCACAUCCCGUUUAUCGUAUGCAUCAAGUCCCGAGUCAGACUUGGAGCUAAGUCCCGGGCCAUCCGCAUCAUUGUCGCUUGGCAAUUUGCCGCAAUUGGUUAAAGCGAGCUCAGAUCCAUCGAUUGCCACUAACCAGGAUAACUUGGAUAGGGAUAGAGACAUAAUUGGUGAAGGACUACCACCUCCAUAUACGGUACCCUACGAUCAUGGAGUGCAACCGCCACCGAAUCGUCGCCAGACCCUCGAUUCCAGCAAGUACAGCAUCUAUGGUACCAAUGUGCCCCAACACCAACAGCCGCAACAGCAACAUCAACAACAACAGCAGCAGGUGCAUCAAUCCGUUGAUACCUCAACUGGUGGCACACGACCACAGUCUCUGUACGGCAUCAAUGCACCCGAUUUACCACCUCGCAUUGAUCGUCAAUCGAAGCCCGGGGAUCUACCGCUUAACACCUCGGGCACCUCAUCGCGCAACGGCAGCUCCGGCGGCACCUUGGGUCGGAGUGCUCAAGAGCGUCUCUUUGGCAAGGCCGUGCUGCAGGACGAUGUCCAGGCCGAGUACGUGACUCGCAAUGCAUUGGUCGGUGCCGGGGGUGAAACCAUCGAUAGACAGCAGCAGCAGGCUUCCCUCGAGCGUCAGGCCCGCAUGAAUGCGGCCAUGGGCAGUCCAGCGCAGCACAAGACGAACGGUAAUGGAGGUGCCGCCUCCACAUACGACAGCGUCUCCAGCUACGACUCCUACAACAACAGCCAACUGGCCAUGCAGAACCUGGGCAGACUGGGGCCCAAUGCUCCCGAUGAUCUCAAAUCAGUGCCAAAUGCAAGUGGUCGACCUUUGCCGCCUGUGGGACAGUCUAUGGACUACGGUCGCUCCGCCCCGCACGAUCAUCGCGCCUUUGCGGCUGCUAAUGAUCUAAACCGCCAAAGUAGUCCCGGCAGACCACUCUACCAUGAUAUGAAUGCGUCCCGUAAUAUUGAUCCACGUAAUGGCACGCCGCAACGUCCCUCGAAUCUAGGAUUGGAUAGCAGUCCACGAAAGCCAUUGGUGGAAACCAAAACAGAUUAUGGCAAAUAUAGCCGAAACAACUCCGUUUCUCAAGCGGAUUACAGCAAGCUGCCGAAGAAUCCACAUGGCGUUGGACAGCCACCGAUUGUCAACAAUGGAGGACAGAUGAAUGGCAGUGCCACGCCCAGCAGCAAUGGCAGCGGUCCUUUCAAGCCCGUGCCGCCUCCCAAGCCUAAGAACUAUCGACCUCCCGUGCAGAGCGGUGGCAGCAGUGGCAGCGGUGGCACUACACCCUGGGAGAAUGGGGACUCCGGUUCACCACGUUCGCCCAAUGGGUUCUACUAUCCGCCUACACCUUCGCACCACCAUUAUGGCCAACAGACACCAGCGCCCGGCUCACCCCAUCAAGGUCAACCCAGCAACGGUCACAUGCAGCAGCAGCCCACGUAUGGCGCCAGCAAUGGCAACUACGGCCAAGCACCGCCCCAACAGCAGCAGCAGCAGUAUCCACCUGCCAAUGGCUAUAAUGGCAACAGUCAUCACUACAAUGGUGGCAGUGGCACGGGACCCUAUAUUGCACCACAUCGGGGCAUGCCACCUGCAAUAGGUAAUCUACCACCACAUACCCCAGAGCGUCAUGCCCUCGACUUGGCUGGCAGUCGGGAGCAACGAGGCUCCGCAUUUGAGUUGUAUCGUAAGCCGCAGAUCGGCGCCGCCGUCGGGCACCAUCAUAACAUGAGCGAAAUGGAGCCAUAUGAUGAGCGUUACGACGACUAUUAUGGUAUGCCGCCACCAACAGCAGCACCACCGGGUCAACAGCAUCCACAUCCGUAUCCGCAUCAAAUGCAACGUUCCCGAUCCGCGCCUCGUUAUCCCACCGAACGACCUCCACACGUGCAGGACCCCAACUACUAUAGUCACUAUGGUACCAAUAACAGUAGGGGCUACAGGGGAGGAGCUCCACCCCAUGAGCAGUAUUACGAUGAGCAUGGCAGGGAGCUGAUGGCGCCUCCGCCGCCUCUGCCGCCGCACAAGAAGAAGAAGUCGGUGCUGAAGAGUCCGCUGACGGCACUGAAGAACGCCCUAAUCAAGACGACACGCCCACUGCGUCGCAUGAAUAGCAUGGUGGAGCCGGAGCGUAAACCGAAGGGAUUGCGACGUCAGCAAUCGAUGCUGGAGCGUGGCGUGCAACGACCCUAUUAUCCGGAUGAGUAUCCCACAUAUCCGGCUGGCUUUGAGAAUCGCCCACCGCCGCCGCCUCCUUCCGAUCCCUACUAUCACGGACACUAUCCGCCGCAGCAGCAGCACCAGCAGCAGCAUCAGCAGCAGGACAUGAUGAAUAGCACGUAUCAGAAUCUAGAGAGUGAGGAUAUUUAUGGCAAUAUUGGGAGCACAGUGGGGGCACGUCCACCGGAUAACGGUUAUGGCGCCUAUGAGGAAUACGAUUUGUACGCGAAUCGAGCCUGCAUCGAUCUGGAACGACGUCAGGCUGAGGCAGCUGCGGUCAGUGGACGCAGUGGACGAAGGAUUGUGCGACGUCACAGCACCACAACAGCAGAUCGCAAUGGUGCCCCACCACAUGGCAGACGCGCCAUGGCACAUGCCGGUCCAGGCUACAGUCAGCAGCAACAGGCGCAGGAUAUCUAUCAGACGCGUCAGGGUGCCUAUAUGAUGCCGGAGCACCGACGUGCUCCCAGCUCGGAGGUGAUGACACGACGUCGCUUCUAUCCAGGCGCUGCCAACGAGCAGGGCGAGGAGGCGGAGCCAAUGUAUCAAUCCCGUCGGGAGAUGCAGCGUGAGAUGCAACGCAAUCAUCUGUAUCAGUCGAAGCGGGAGAUGCAGGAGCGCAUCAUUCAGGGCAAACGGGACAUGGAACGAGAGCUGAGUGCCCAGAGCAGCAGUCAAUCCGAACGCAGCGAUGAUCGCUCGGAGCGUUCCGGCUCCGAUCCCAAUUACCAGACACGUCGCGAGGCAACACGCACCCAAUUGAGGGAUCAGAUCUAUCAGACACGUCGCGAGGCAUUGGACAGCAUGGCGGAGCCAAUUUAUGUGUCCAAGCGGGACAUGGGCAGACCGGCGCCCAUCUAUGAGACGCGUGAGGAGAGCAUCCUGCAGUCGCGAGAGAACGAGACGGACGAGAAGAAAGAGAAGGAAUGCAAAACGGAGCAGGUUCAAGUGGAGAUUAAUACGCAACAGCCAGAGGAGAUGCAGGACAGCACUUUAAGUCGCUCGGAUCUGCAGAAGUCCUCGGACACGGUCAUUGAGAAUACCGUUGUGGCAGGUCAAGCACCUUUGGUGCAAAGUGAGAUCGAGGAUGGGGAUGAGGAUGGAGAUGGAGAUGAGGAACCCAAUGAGGCGGACAGUUCCGCCGAGCAAACGGAGCUGCCCACGGCCAUUGAGAACAUUGAGAACCGACACAAUGAGGGAAUGUUGGCAAGUGAGACACAGAACAUUUCGGAUGAUGUUUUCGAGGCCACCGAUGUGGUUACUCCACUGCCCACGUCCACGGAGCAGCAGGUGAUCGGUUCCAGCUCCAGUUCGUCGCAGCAACCGCUAACGCCACGUGCUCUCCGGGCGCCCUUUCACAUUUCCAACAUAUUGAAGCGCACUGGGCCACCGCCCACUUCACCCAUGGGUGAUAGUUGCACCUCCAUUGAGACGCAGUACACGUCGCAGGCCAGUUUGCCGGUGGGACCACCGAAUGCCACCAGCACACCCUUCAGCAGCAGCAUGUCCCUGCCCAUUGCGGGUCCCGUUCCGGCCAAUGGAGCUGGUCCAUUUCCCAGUCUGCCACGUGAGCCGAGCACCACGCGAGGCGUCUUUGACUCGAGUGGAGGCACGCUGGCGGACAAGCUGUGGCACGUGUCGCUGCAGAUACCGCCGGGUGCUAUUCCGGCUGGAGUGCGUCAGGAGAUUUACUUUACUGUCAGCGAUCCACGCAUGGGACAGGCCGUUGGUGGACCACCGCUUGACAUGGAAAAUGGUGAAACGAUGCUCUCGCCACUCGUCAUGUGCGGUCCGCAGGGCCUCGAGUUUCUGGUACCGGUUACACUCAAUAUACCGCAUUGUGCCGGACGCACCGCAUCGUUGGGUCUCGCUCUGAAGGCAACCGACAGUGAGAAGAACCUUCACACCGAAUGGGACAAUAUCGAUCUGCCCAGUAAUGCGGCCGCACACACAGUAUCCGUCAAGGUGGAUCACUUCUAGAUAGUACUGCAGUUACAUAGUUAUAGAGCGUUAAUCAUCCUAAUAAAUACACCCACACACACACAAACAUGACGAACCACGAAUAAUAAUCAUUAAAAAAUUGUAUAUAAUAUCAUGAAUUUAAUUUUAAGCCAACAAUUCCACGACGAGAACGCAACAAAUAACAAAUUCUUAGGCAUUGCUUAUAAAAAUAAUUAAUUUAAUUUAAUAUUGUUUGUUAAUUGUGCCUUUAAGUGAUCGAUUUACUUCUGAACCAAGUGUCGUAUAAAGUUAUAAAGAUAUAAAUAUGUAUAUCUAAACGAACGAGCGAAUAUUGAAUGAAACUGUAUAAUAUACAUUUAGCAUGUAGAUUUAAAAAAAAAUUGUAUAUUUUUAUGAAAUUUAUUGACAUACUAUAUUAUUUUUUUGCGUAUGUUAUCAUUGUAAUCAAAUUUUAAAGAUUGUAUUUUUAAUCAAUUGAAAUUAACUUUUGAUUUAUGUAUUUCCAUUUGGAUUGCAUUGAAAAUGUUUAUCGCGUGCAAAUGUUGUAUACAAAAGUUAUACAUAUAUAAAUUACAUAUGCAUACAUAUAAACAAUAAUACUACGUUUAGACUAUUGAAGCGCCUAUGUAGCAAACCAUAUAUUAUUAUAUAUACAUAUAAACUAUAUACACCUUUUUGUAAUAAAAACGAAUAAUAAACACUUAGAAAGCUUGGAAAAUAAAUAAAGGAGCAUCAUAAAAUAAA